AUACAUAUGUAUGUAUGUAUUGGUUAUGCGGAACGCACACUUCUUUUGCAGUCUUUGCUGUAGUUGAAACUUUAUCGCAUUAAUAAAUAUUGCUUUUAAAAAUAAUUAUUCGAAAUGGGUCCAAAAUUCGAUCCCGCUGAAUUAAAAGUUGUCCAUUUGAGAUGUGUUGGUGGAGAAGUAGGUGCAACUUCAUCACUGGCUCCAAAAAUUGGUCCACUCGGUUUGUCCCCAAAGAAAGUUGGGGAUGACAUUGCCAAAGCCACGACGGAGUGGAAAGGACUGAAAAUCACAGUACGACUGGCAAUUCAAAACCGUCAGGCUACAAUUUCUGUUGUCCCUUCUGCAGCCUCCAUGAUUAUUAGAGCGCUUAAAGAACCAUCCAGGGACAGAAAGAAAGUGAAGCAUGUGAAACACAACGGAAAUAUCACAUGGAACGACAUCAUCACCAUUUCCAGAGCUAUGCGACCACGAUCGAUGGCAAAGACGCUGAAAGGAACGGUCAAAGAAGUUUUGGGAACGGCACAAUCCGUAGGAUGCACGAUCGACGGUGAACUCCCUCAUGACCUCAUUGAUGCUGUCAAUAGUGGCGAGAAGGAUGUUCCAGAUAACUAAAAAAAACUUACAUCGUUAUGUAAUUUCUUUUACUAAUGAAGCAAUAAAGGGAAGUUUACAAAGUUUUAAAAAAUG